AUGAAGCGCAGCGCGUCAUCGAAGGCGAAAGCGACCCCGAGAGCCAAGAAGCCCCGAAACGAGGCACCGGAGUACCACCUCACUCCCUCCGUGCGGGACGACGAGACGGGCGAGAUCAUAUGGCCGGCACCCAAGGCGCAAAUAGAACAGGCCCGCAGCUUCAUCCGGGAUUGCGUCGCGGCGAAGGAGAAGACGCUGAUCGCCCCCGACAAGGACGCCGACGGGCUCAGCUCGGGCGUCAUCCUGUACAAGACUCUGCUGCUUCUGGGGCUGCCGGAGGACCUGAUAACGGUGCACCUGCUCGCGAAGGGCCACAGCAUCCACGAUGAGAGCGAGCGCGCCGCCAUGACCGCGGUCGGCGCCUCGUACGUCUUCGUGUUGGACCAGGGCUCGACCGCGGCGCCGCCGGUCGUCGACGGGCCGCACCGCGCCCUCGUCAUCGACCACCACUGGGCGCCGGAGGACGGCGACCGGCCCGCGGGCGCGGAGCGCGUGACGGCGUGCUGCUGCCCGCCCGUCGCGACGAGCGCGAUGCUCACGCACCACAUCUGCGCGGCGCUGCACGGCGGCGUGGCCGCCGCCUGCGACUGGCUCUGCGUCGUCGGCGCGCACGGCGACCUGGGCAACGCGCUCAAGUGGGAGCCGCCGCUGCCGGACAUGCGCGCGACCUUCAAGGCGCACACCAAGAAGGCGCUCAACGAGGCCGUCGCCCUCGUCAACGCGCCGCGCCGCGCCGCCGCCCACAACGUGCGCGACGCCUGGUCCGCGCUGGCCGCCGCGUCCGGGCCCCGCGACCUGCUCGACGAGGGGGCGCUGCGCGCGGCCCGGGCCGAGGUGCGCGACGAGGUGCGCCGCUGCACGCGCGCGCCGCCGAGCUUCUCCGCCGACGGCCGCGUCGCCGUGCUGCGCGUGCGGUCGCCCGCCCAGGUCCACCCCGUGAUCGCGACGCGCUGGGCCGGGAUGCUGGGCCCGAAGCGCCUCGAGGUCGUGCUCGCCGCCAACGACGGCUACCUGCCCGGCCAGGUGCACUUUUCGUGCCGGGUGGCGCGGCGCGCGCGGGCACGCGAAGGUGGCGGCGACGGCGGCGCGCCCCCCGUCAACAUCAUGGCCGUGCUCGAGGAGAUCGCGGCGCGGGCGCCCGAUCCGACGCUCCGGGAGCGACUGGGCGCGGCCUUCGCGCGCGGCCACCGCGAGGCCAGCGGCGGCGUCGUCACGACCGAGGCGUUCGAAGAGUUCAUCGCGGUGCUGGAGCUGAAGAGCCGGUCCAAAAAGGGGGCUGCUGGUGGUGCUAGCGACGGUAUCGAGGGGACGCCGGAGGGCGAGAAAGGGGCAUCGCCGACGACGUAG